CCCCCCCCCCCCCCCAGGUUGGAGGUGACUUCUCGGUGUCUGUCCUGAACAACCACAUGAAGGACCAUGGCCGUGUGGCCGUCUGUGGGAGCAUCUCCACAUACAACAACCCGGAAGUAAAAGGUCACUAUUUCUUUGAAACCAUCAUCACCAAGAGGCUGAAGCUGCAGGGGUUCAUCGGCGCGGAGUACCAGGCGGACUGGCCGGCCGCUACCACACAGGUGGCGAAAUGGAUCGUGGAGGGCAAAGUCAAUCACAAGGAGCACGUGACCGAUGGAUUUGAUCAGACACCCCAGGCUCUGAUUGGUGUGCUGACUGGCAAGAACACCGGCAAGGCCAUUGUCAAAAUCUAAUAAGUAGCAUCCGUUAAUAACUUCAUCAGGUUGGCAAUUAUUCAUAUAGUACGGUUUUUAAGGCACA